GCGCUUGCGCCUAAGGGGCGUGGCGGUCGCACCUGCGCGAGUUGGGGGAAGGAGGAGGAGCGAGGUGACGCAGGCGUAAUAAUAGAGAAGGUGCCAGAAAGAUCCAAAACAAGUGGCUGCGGCCGUCGCCCAGGAGUCGUCAGACGCCGGAAUCCGGCCCUGGUUCAGAGCUUGUGCCGCCCCCCCCUCCCCUGGGUAUGGCGCUGUCCGGGUUGACCCCGGCCCCGAGCUGGGAGGAGGAUGAAUGCCUGGACUACUACGGGAUGCUGUCGCUUCACCGUAUGUUCGAGGUGGUGGGCGGGCAGCUGACCGAGUGCGAGCUGGAGCUGCUGGCCUUCCUGCUCGACGAGGCCCCCGGCGCGGCCGGCGGUCUGGCUCGCGCGCGAAGCGGCCUGGAGCUGCUGCUGGAGCUGGAGCGCCGCGGGCAGUGCGACGAGAGCAACCUUCGGCUGCUGGGGCAACUCCUGCGCGUGCUGGCACGCCACGACCUGCUGCCGCACCUGGCGCGCAAGAGGCGCCGGCCAGUGUCUCCGGAACGCUACAACUACGGCAUCUCCAGCUCUUCUUCCAAAAGGACUGAAGGCAGUCGCCGCCGCCGGCGCCGGCAGUCAAGCGGUACUUCAGACGCCCAGCAGGGUCAGUGGGAGACAGGUUCCCCACCGACCAAGCGGCAGCGGCGAAGUCGGGGCCGGCCCAGUGGUGGUGCCCGACGGCGGCGGAGAGGGGCCCCCGCCGCCCCCCAGCAGCCGCAGGAGCCAGCCAGACCUGCCUCAGAAGGCAAAGUGACCUGUGACAUCCGGCUCAGGGUGCGAGCAGAGUACUGUGAGCACGGGCCUGCCUUGGAGCAGGGUGUGGCCUCCCGGCGGCCCCAGGCGCUGGCCCGGCAGCUGGACGUGUUUGGGCAGGCCACAGCGGUGCUGCGCUCCCGGGACCUGGGCUCCGUGGUGUGCGACAUCAAGUUCUCCGAGCUCUCCUAUCUGGACGCCUUCUGGGGCGACUACCUGAGUGGCGCCCUGCUGCAGGCCCUGCGGGGCGUGUUCCUGACUGAGGCCCUUCGCGAGGCCGUGGGCCGGGAGGCUGUCCGCCUGCUGGUCAGUGUGGACGAGGCCGACUACGAGGCUGGCCGGCGCCGCCUGCUGCUGAUGGAGGAGGAGGGAGGACGGCGCCCAACUGAGGCCUCCUGAUCCUGGACCUGGCAGGACUGAACCCACCUCCUAGCCUCCGGGCCACUUUCUCCCCCGGAGGACAUCCAUCCCUGCCCCUAGAGGACUGUCACUCCAGCAGCCCUGAGGACUGGGACAGAUGGCCUGGCCCCUUGACAGACUCUCCCACAGGAUGUGGGCUCUGAGGCCGAAACCACUUCCACCUGAGUUUCCUUCCCAGCCUCCUCCCAACCCUACCCUCUGGUGUGUUCCCUCAGCUUCAGGAGGCCAGGGACUCAGGCAUGCAGAUCAGAACGGGAGGGAGGCAUAGCUACACAUUCACCAAAGGCCCCCUGCACACCGUGUUCCUGACUGUGGGCUGCGUGCACGCAUGCACACGGCCCCCUCUGGAAUCUCCCCUGGGCUCCUGCCUUGGCCUGCUCCACACAUGUCUUUGGCCUAAGGGCUUCUCUCUCAGGAUCUCUGAUUUUACUUCCCCCAACCCUGGACCUCAGCCACGCUGGGCACUGGGGCUAGGGUGCACACGGGGCCUGCUCACCUUGCCCACACAUCUCUCUAGCCAGCCAGGGCUCUCUGCCCUGCUUCCAUACACAGACCUGGCUCUCCACAUUCUCCUGCUCGCCACAGUUGGACGCAGACUUGCACAAGGACCUGCACCCGGAGUGUCACACGUGCAUUGCAGCAGCAUCAGACCAAGUGUGUUGUUGCCCAUGGGGCCAGGAUCAGAAACCAACUUCCUUCUCCGAAAGGGAAGGCAAAGGCUUGGGGCUGAUGAGAAAGGCCUUUUAUAAAUGGCGCCAAUAAAACGGCCCUGGAUUGGGGCUUAGGGUGGGCAUCAAGGCUCCCUAGGACUCUUUCUUUAUGGGCUGGAGGAAGGAGCUGAUGAGGACCUGGGCCUAUUACCAGUCCUGGGGUUCCUGGCCCAGUAUCUGGCUAGAGGAAGGGCAGGAUGCUGGAGCGUCAUCUGCUGCUGCUACCACAGGCCUGCCCUCCUCUCUGGGCCUCAGUUUCCUCAUCUGUCAAAGGAAAUACUGCCUUGGAGUCAUAACCUGUCCCAGCCCCAUUUGCAUAUGCUUUGCUCUUGUUAGGUUCUUGGGAGUACUAGUGUUUUUAUUUUAUUCCCUGAGGUGCCAGCUAUCUAGUCCAAAGCUUUGGAAACCAAACCUUUCAUGAGCUACAGUUCUCUGCCUGGAAUCCCUCCCCAGAUGGCUCCUCAUGCUUUCUGGACAGUCACCUCUUAAAUCUGGACCUACAUUCUUCCUCCCGAGCCCAACACUGCUUCCUGCUGCCUUGUGGCUACCGGAGGUUGUGGCCCCUUUCCCCACCCCUUGUUUAAGGGCUUAGGAACUCAGGUUUCUUACACAAUAACCAAGGUUUUCCUUCCUGUGGGGGAAGGGAACCGGGCUGGGGAAUGGGAGUGGGUGAGAGGGGGUGGGCAGGGACUGCUGGCCUUUCUGGGGAAGAGGUGCUCCUGCCCACAUCUGGGAACCUAGACCCCUGGCCUGUGUUGGUGUAGAGGGACACUGUGGCAAGUCUAGGGGUGGAGUCCUGACCUGCAGUCAAGACCUGGUCUAGCUAGUUGCUUUUGACUUCAGACUAUACCUUUACUCUCUGGAAGGGAGCUAAGGUCUGCUGGGCACCUCCUCAAGAUCUAUUUAAUGCUUAGCUUGUGUGAAGUAGGGAUUCUACCUCCAUUUUUGACAGGAAAUGGGCUUCAGAGCGGGGGAGGUGACUUUCCUGGGGGAUAGAGAAGCACUGAGCUCCAGAGGCUCUCCCCCCUAGUGGACGCAGGUUGGGGAGGCAGGUGGGGGGUUUCCACGCCCCUUCUCUUCCGGUUGGGGGACUGUCCUUGGUCUGGGCGGGAGUAGGUUUUCUCUUCAAGGUUUGGGGCUUUCCGUACUUGGGGGUGGGAGCUGCUGCUGGUCCUGCCUCGGCUGGGCUGAAUUGCGGAGUCGGCCUCAUCAUUGGGCUUUGAGGCUUGUCUCUCCGCCCCUUAUGAAUGAGGGGCCCAGCCCCCUUGCGGGGAGAGAUUCAGGCCCUGUCCACGCGUCAGUUGCGUGACAUGGGCCCCGCCCAUGGCCCGCCCUCCCCCAUUCUCGUGGCCCGCCCGCCCCGCCCUCUUCAGCCGGGGGUCCGCCUCUCUCGCCGGCACGCGCGUGCCGGAAGUAGAGACGCCUAACCGCGAGGCCGCGGGAGGCCGCGCAGGCGCGGUGCGUGCCAGGAAUCGGCGGUGGCGGGAACCUUGAGGAGGUGUCUCUCGCCUCCAGAGCUUACGUGAGCGCCUGCGCUGUGGAGCUGGCCUGGACUUGCCAGAGCCCGCGCCGGACACCGGGGUGACCGACACACCCCUGAGGCCCAGAAGUGGGUCAGACCCAGGCCAUGAGGACAAGCCAGGGAGAUCCAAGAGCUUCAGGAGUCGAUGAAGGAUUCUGUGGGGCAGGGCAUGGACAGGCUGCGGCCAGGCGAACUAGGGGCCUGUGGGAGCUCAGAGGAAGGCAGGUUUCACAGAGGAGAGGAGCCCCGAGCUGGCUCUUGAAGGAUGAGUAGGAGUUCAACAGAGUGACAGAGGGGCCUUCCAGCAGAGAGAACAGCUCCCGGGAAGGCCUUAGGGAACGUGCCCGAACGGGGUGCAGAGAGACGGAUGGACAGGCAGAGUCAGAGGUAAGUGGCGGUGCGGAGUCAGCCACCCCCUCGUUGGCACAGCGGCCAUCCGCCCCAUCGGGCUGGCCACGAUGACAGUGACAGUACGAUUACGCUAGAAGGUGGUAGAUGAGGCGGGCCCCCUGUGGCUCCGCAGCUGCUGUGCUGGCGGGCGAGCCACGCCGGGCCCCCGGGCCCCCGCGGGUCACAGCCCAGGGUGGGCGGUGACUGAAUAAGCAGCAGAGGCUGGGGGAGCCCAGAGGACAUGAGUGGAGGUCCCCAGGAAGGCCUCGUGGAUCGGAGCCCUGUUCAUUCUGUUUAGAAUCAACACCACCAUCAUAUGUUUCAACUGCGAAAUAGAACAUUCUGAAAAGUUCGGACAACGGAUAGAUGGUGUUAGUGCAUUGUAAAACACCUGUGCCUCCCACAUUAAGAAAUACCGUACCCCCAGGGGCGCCUGGGUGGCUCAGUCAGUUAAGCGUCUGCCUUCGGCUGGGGUCGUGAUCUCGGGGUCCUGGGAUCCAGCCCCGCAUCGGGCUCCCUGCUCGGCGGGAAGCCUGCUUCUCCCUCUCGCACUCCCCCUGCUUGUGUUCCCUCUCUCGCUGUCUCUGUCAAAUAAAUAAAUAAAAUCUUAAAAAAAAAGGAAUACCUUACCACACCCCAGAAGCCCCUCACCACCCCACACCUGGCUGUCAUGUGCUCCCUCUUGACCACAUCCCCCCCCCCCCCCACCACCACUUACUUCCCCUAGCUGGGAACACUAUCCUACCUUUCACAGUAAUAAUUCCUUGCCUUUUUUUUUUUUUUUUUUUGCUAGUUUUAUGUUCCUCGAUGAUGUAGUUCAUUUUAUCUCUUCUUGCACUUGAUAUAAAUGGAAUCGUACAAUAUA